AUGUCGUUCGAGUCGGUCAUGCCGCCGUACAACGCGUCGGACCCGACGGCCAUGUUCUGCAGCUCGUCGUGCCUCGACUUUUUGCUCAUCGAGCUCGUCCCCAUGGCGUACCGGGUCGCCAACGAAGUCGAAGCGGCCGCGGCAGUGCUGGAGGGAGGGUCAGAAGAAUCUCAGCAGCAACAACAACAACAACAACAACAAGCACAAAGAUCGGGGCCGGAUGCGGCUUCGUCCACCCCGAGGCCGGCGCCGCCGGGGGCGCGGCGCGGGGCCAUGGACGAGGACGAGGAGCGCGACGCCGUCUUUUACAGGCUCGAGAUGCAGGGGUAUCGGGUCGGUCAGGGCCUGGUGGAGAGGUUCUCCAAGGAUCGCCCGCGGCUCAACGACACGCUUGACGUGAUCAAGUUCAUCUGCAAGGACCUGUGGACGCUCGUGUUCCGCAAGCAGGUUGACAACUUGAAGACGAACCACAGGGGUGUCUACGUCCUGACCGACAAUUCCUUCCGGCCAUUCGCAAAGAUGAGCUCGGAAGCCGGAGGUCAGGCAGUACACAGGGCAGAACCGUUUCUAUGGUUCCCUUGUGGAAUCGUCCGCGGUGCUCUGGCUGCCAUGGGUGUAAACGCCACCGUGCAGGCAGAGACGACUGAGCUCCCCGGUGCAGUUUUCCAGAUCAAGACCGUUACUGCGAAGUCCUAG